AUGAAAUUACCUACGGAAUGUUUAUUAAAGAUUUUCGAAAAUUUUAGUCCAGAGCAUCAUUUUUGGGAUGAUGAUUAUAAACUUUUAUAUAAAUGUAUAUUAAUUAAUAGAGAAUGGUGUAUUACAGCAAUUUCAAUACUUUGGAGAGAACCUAUAGAUUGGAUACAUUUUAGUCAAAAAAAAGAUAGACUUGAUCCAAUAAUAUCAACAUAUCUUUCAUGUUUACCAAAAGAAAUUAAAACUAAACUUAUUGAAGAAGAUGGAAUUAAUUUACCUUUAAAAUUUGAGAAACCAUUAUUCGAUUAUCCAUCAUUUUUACAAAGUCUUGAUUAUGGAGCUUUAUAUAAAUCAGUUAAUGGAUGGUUAAAAAAUACCAACCAACUUGAUAAUAUAAGUAAUAAGAUUUGUAAAAAUUUUCAAUUAUUUAAUUCAUUAGCAAAUUUAUUUAUAGAUAGAUGUUAUUUAAAAAGACUUCGAUUUUCUAAAGGAGAGAAAUUAGAAUUUAUUAUACCUUUAAGUACAUUACCAAAAGCAAGUAUUUGUUUAGAAAAUUUAACAACAUUUAUGUGUGAAGGAUGUACGAUGCCAGAAAUUAUGUUUGCAGCAGCAAAAAUUUGUAAAUAUAUUUCAGAAUUUCAUAUUUCAUGUUGUUGUAAAGAUAACGAAGGAUUAGCGGAACUUAUAGAAUCACAAAUAGUUUUAACAAAAUAUAUUUUUAUUAAAGCCACCAAAGAUGAAAAUUUUCCAAUAUUAGAAAAAGCUUUAAAGAAAAGAGCUCAUUCAAUUAAAGAUUUAUGGAUAUAUGGAUAUAGUUUUACAAUAGAUUAUUUUUGUAAAAGUAAUAAAUUACAAAAUUUAACAAUUCAUUCAAAUAUGAUGGAUAGAAAAGUAAUGGAAAGAUUUGUUAAAACAAAAUUUACUCAAUUAAAAGAAUUGGAAAUUUCAUUACAAGUUAUAACAUUAAAACAACUUUGUACUUUAAUUAUAAAUACAGAAGGAAAUCUUGAAUCAAUUUUAAUAUUAUGGUCAGAAUCUGAAGAAUCAGAAAAUUUAAUUUUACUUACAGAAACUGUUAUAAAAUAUGGUAAAAAUUUAAAUUAUUAUGAGGCACCAUUUUCUUCUGAAGCAAUUCAUUUAUUACCUUUACUUUUUCAAAAUUGUAACAAAUUAGAAACAUUAAAUAUAUUUAGUAAUGAGGAAGAAGAAGGUUUUAUAUAUGAUAUUAGUGAUAUAUUUAUUAAACUUGGGGAAUUUGUACCUUUAAAAUUACAAAAACUUUUUUUAAAUCAUACUUGGGAUAUUUCCGCUGAUGCUUUGGAAAAGUUUUUACUUGAUUGUUCAAAGAAAUUAAAGAAAAAAUUAAGUUUUGAUCUUAAUAAUUCAACAAGUGAUCAUGAUUUAAUUAUGUAUAGGUAUAGUAUAAAAGGUGUAUGUGAACCUGGUAUUUUUGAUUAUUCCAAAGAAUAUUACAUUUGUUAA